AUGGAUUAUGAAUUGAUCAAAUUAAAAUACCCUAAUAUAGUAAAAAAUAACAAUAUUGUUUUAAAAAGGAAUACACAAAUAGAGAUGGAAAAUUCCUAGAUUAGUUCUGUGUAUUACAACAUUCAGAAACUGAUAUUAGUUUCUUAUAUUUUAGUUGCCUCUGAAGAAGGACGAUAAUUGAAAUUGUAAAAAUAAACCUACUGAUGUAUUAGUAGACAGAGGAAUGCAAGAGAGUAAUUAUAUUCUUAUAAAAUUAUGUAAAACUAGUAAUAGGCUGAUGAGUAGUCAAUCUUUAAAUGAUAUUUAACAAUUAAGAAUAUGAAUACAAUAUUUUAUAUAAGGC